CGUACCAGUUCUUUCCAUGCAUCGAGAAUAUGGAUAUGGUCAUUUUUCAGGGCAGCGUAUGCAUUUCGUGUCUUUUUUGGGGGUAAUUUGCCUGAUUUAUGCUAACAAUACUUGACCAGAUUCAACAUGGCAAAUAAGAAGUGCAUGAAACAUAUCUUUGCCAGGAUGAUAUUCGAUUCGAGAGGAAAUCCGACGGUUGAGGUAGAUUUGAUUACAGAUCUUGGAUUAUUCAGGGCCGCUGUGCCCUCUGGAGCCAGCACAGGAAUUCAUGAGGCUCUCGAGUUAAGGGAUGGAAUUCCUACGGAAUACCACGGAAAAGGGGUAUCCAAGGCAAUAUCGAAUAUAAACGAUAUCAUCGGUCCUGAACUUUUGAAAAAAGAAUUUGACGUCACGCAGCAAAGAGAGGUCGAUGAAUUUAUGAUUGAACUAGAUGUCACCCUUCCGUCUUCAGGUACUCCGAACAUGUCCCGAUUUGGUGCAAACGCUAUCUUGGGUAUAUCCUUGGUUGUGUGUAAAGCAGGCGCCGCGAAAAGAGGUCUGCCCCUCUACAAACACAUCGCAGACCUAGCUGGCAAUUCAACCCUAAUUCUCCCCGUACCAGCCUUCAACGUCAUUAAUGGAGGAUCUCAUGCUGGAAACAAGCUAGCCAUGCAAUUUUAUUUUAACCUAAAAGCUGGCAGUAGAUCAUACAUUCAACUUUCGGUAGGAUGGACAACAAAUGAGUCGUUUCUAAGUAUGUUUUCUUGCAGAUUUGGGCUAGACGCAACUGCGGUUGGCGAUGAAGGAGGUUUUGCUCCAAACAUCCCUACCGCUAAAGAUGCUCUGGUUCUUCUAAGAGAUGCUAUCGCUAAAGCGGGAUACACAGGCAGGAUUGACAUAGGCAUAGACGUCGCUGCAUCAGAAUUUUAUAAGGGAAAGGAAGGCUUGUACAAUCUGGACUUCAAGAACCCAAAAUCCGACAAGAAAAACUGGAUGAAACCAGAAAAACUUCUGGACCUAUACAAAACGUACCUGAAGGAAUUUCCGAUCGUGAGUAUCGAGGACCCUUUUGAUCAAGAUGACUGGAAAGCCUGGACAGCGAUGACCGCAAGUGUGGACAUUCAAAUAGUUGGAGAUGACCUCACUGUCACUAAUCCUGUGCGUAUCCAAAAAGCCGCCGACGAGAAGGCUUGCAAUUGUUUAUUGCUUAAGGUCAACCAAAUUGGGACUAUAACACAGGCGAUAGAAGCCCACAAAUUGGCGAAAGAGAAUGGCUGGGGCACCAUGGUGUCACACAGGUCCGGGGAAACUGAAGACACCUUCAUAGCUGAUUUAGUCGUCGGUUUGGGCACCGGACAAAUCAAGACUGGAGCUCCUUGCAGAUCCGAAAGGUGCGCUAAGUAUAACCAAAUCAUGAGAAUAGAAGAGGAAGUAGGUGUUCAGUGAGAUAUGCAGGAAAAGCAUUCCGAAAGCCAUUUUAGAGUGUCUAUACUUAUGUAAAUUCAAGUGACGGAAUAAAUAUGAUUCUGACAACCAUAAACAAACAUUAUUCCAGUGGACAUACUUGUGUAAAGAAUGUACUUAUCCACGGUGUUUUCAAAGUCGAGUCAUUUAUUUCAACUGCGUCUAGGACUGGUCAAAAGGGAGUGAUAUACCAAAAAUCACCUAUAUAAAAGUUGC